GGGUGAACGAGGCGGUCGCAACAAGGGUGUGAGUGCAGGUCCCAGCCCGCUGCUUGGAGGCCUGGAUGCUAUCGGCGGCUGGCGGGAGGCGACACCGAAGCUUCGGCAGCAAUACUGGAGUCGGUUGCCGUUUCCUUCACGGGAUCUUCUCGACCCAGGGAUCAAACUCCAGUCUCCUGCCUUGGCAGGUUCGCUCCCCUACAGACAUGGGGCGCAGAAAGUCGAAACGGAAGCCGCCCCCCAAGAAGAAGAUGACAGGCACCCUGGAGACCCAGUUCACCUGCCCGUUCUGCAACCACGAGAAGUCCUGUGACGUGAAAAUGGACCGAGCCCGAAACACCGGAGUCAUCUCUUGUACCGUGUGCCUAGAGGAAUUCCAGACGCCCAUCACUUAUCUGUCAGAACCAGUGGACGUGUACAGCGAUUGGAUAGACGCCUGCGAGGCUGCCAAUCAGUAGCGACACAGACGGCCCACCCCCUUGGCAGCCCCGCCCACUGGGUACCAAUCGAGAGACAUUCCAGGGUGUCCAGGGUGUGGGUCCAGGGCCUUUGCAGCCCCGAAUGUGAGUGUGUGCAGAGUGGAUAUCUGUGUGUGUGUGUGUGUGUGUGCGCGCGUGCGCAUAUGUGCGCGCGGCUGCAGGUGCGACUGCGGGGGAGUUUUCAUGGGAUGCGGGUAGAGUUGAAGGGUGGUGGGGCCCCGGGGGCCUGAAAUGCUUGCUCAACAAGCCUUUGACUGGCUCCAGCCUCUAGCACCUGGGCCACUGGCUUCAGGGCCCUGUUUUCUCUAGAGGCCUGCGUCCUGACCCCCUUCUGCAAGGGCAGGCCCAACAGAGGCUGCCACCGGCCUCUCCAGCGCCUUCCAGCACCUCACCAGCAGUACUUGGCCAUUGAACGGGACUGACUGCUCCCCCUCCCCAGCUGCCUUCCCAGGCCUGCGGCCUGGAAUUCAAGCCACAGUCCCAUGGGCCCCCUGACGGGGCGGCCUGUUUUCAUGUUCCCUAGCUUUUGUAGAGGAAGGAGGGGCUGGGCUGGGGACAGCUGUCUGUCACAAGCCCUUAAAUAAAGCAGCAAACGCAGAA